CCUCCCUCGAUUGUGGGCGGUUGCCAUUUAAAUACACAAGGAGCAACAUGGCGGACAGCUCGGAGAGGCCGUCUUCAGAAGCGAAGGUCAGGCUGGUGAAUCGCCUCCCCUGUUGAACCCCCCCACCCACCUCCAGUUCCGUCGAGCCGGUUGCCCACAGCUUCUGCUCCAGGGAAAACAAUCCAAGUUUGACCAACCUCUCCUUAUAGCCAACACUCUAAUCCAGGCAACAUUCUGGUGAUCCUCUUCUGCCUCUCUCUAAAGCCUCGACAUCCUUCCUGCACACAACGCUCCAAAUAGUGAAGAGAAUAAUAUCUGAAGAUUGUCAAUCGUAUUGCAACCGAAAUGCCCUAGCGGUGUUUUUGGAGAAGAGCCAAGCUGCUUAUAUGUCCACAAGAUGAGUGGAAUGGGUGAAAAUUCCUCCGACCUUGCCAGAUUAGACUCGAGAAAACGCAAGGAAUCACCGUGUGACCACCCACGACCAAGCCCCAAACGUAACACUGAGAAACGUCAUCGAGAGCAAGAAAAUAAGUACAUUGAAGAACUUGCUGAACUGAUAUUCGCUAAUUUUAAUGACAUUGACAACUUCAACGUUAAGCCAGACAAAUGUGCAAUCCUAAAAGAAACUGUGAAAAGAAUCCGGCAUAUAAAAGAGCAGGAAAAGGUUGCCGCAAACGAAGAUGCUGUGCAGAAAGCGGAUGUAUCCUCCACAGGUCAAGGUGUAAUUGAUAAAGAGGCGCUCGGUCCAAUGAUGCUCGAGGCCUUGGAUGGAUUCCUUUUUGUGGUCAAUCUUGAAGGGCACAUAGUGUUUGUAUCUGAGAAUGUGACUCAGUACCUGAAGUACAACCAAGAAGAGCUUAUAAACUCCAGUGUAUACAGCAUACUGCAUGUUGGUGACCAUGCAGAGUUUGUCAGAAACCUUUUGCCUAAAUCUCUUGUUAAUGUGGUGCCUUGGUCCAAUGAAAUCCCAAGACGAAACAGCCACACUUUUAACUGUCGUAUGUUGGUUAAACCACCUGGUGAGACUGAUGAGGAAGGCCAUGAUAACCAGCAAGCACCUCAGAAAUAUGAAACAAUGCAGUGUUUUGCUGUAUCUCAACCAAAGUCAAUUAAAGAAGAAGGGGAAGAUUUGCAAUCCUGUUUAAUCUGUGUGGCAAGGAGAGUUCCCGUGAAGGAGAGAUCUCAAUUUGCUAAUACUGAAAGUUUUACCACCAAACAUGAUUUAACAGGCAAAUUAAAAUCUCUGGAUAUAAAUGCAUUACGUGCUUCAAUGAAACCAGGCUGGGAAGACUUAGUGCGAAGGUGUAUUCAAAGAUUUCACCUGCAAAAUGACAAAGAGAUUCCAUUUGCUAAGAGGCAUCAUCAUGAAGUGUUGAGACAGGGUCAGGCUUUGAGUCCUGUGUAUCGGUUUUCUUUAUCUGAUGGCACCAUGGUUGCUGCACAAACAAGGAGCAGGCUUAUGCGCACUCCAAAUACCAGCGAGUCUCAAUUUAUCAUGUCACUGCAUGUUGUUCAAAGAGAGCAAAAUGUCUGUGGGAUGAAUCAGGAAUCAACUGGACAAGGAAUGGUAAAGCCAUUGAAUCCAAAUUCUAGUAGUCCAGCCAUGGCAGGUGUUUCAGCUGCAACAACAGGUCAAGAGAUGGCAAUGAACAGCAGUUCAAAUUUUGCCAUGAAUGGUCUGAAAGAGCAAACAGGUAUGGGACAAAUGCCAGUAAACAGGUUUGUUGCAGGAGGAAUAAACCAUGGAUCAAGCAUGCAAGCAGCCACUCCUCAGGGUAGUAACUAUGCACUCAAAAUGGGCAGCCCAUCAAGAAGUAGUCCAGGCGUGACUGCUGGGCAGAAGAACUCCAUGCUUUCUCCCAGACAUCGUGGAAGUCCCGGGGUGGUUGGAAGCCCUUGCAUCUCAGCUAAUCAGUUUUCUCCCGUAGGAAACUUGCAUUCUCCAGUCGGGGUUUGUAGCAGCACAGGGAAUAGCCAUAGCUACUCUAGCAGCUCCCUUAAUGCACUUCAAGCCCUCAGUGAAGGACAUGGAGUAUCUCAUGGAGCAUCACCUGAACUGAAAAUGGUGACUUUGCAAAAUUCUCCUGGAAACGCCAGUUCUUCGCUCACUAAAAAAGGGAGCGUGGACUCCAAAGAUUCCUUUGGGUUGUUCGGUGAGCCAGGACCAACUGAAGUUGCAACCGGGCAGUCAGAAAGUGGACUUUCUGGUGAACAGAAAGAUGGCAAUGAAAGUAACUUAAAUCCAUUUGGUGGCGGAGAAAGGACUGAUGGCCAAGGCAGAGGGCAUGAUGGCAAAGGACAUACCAAACUCCUACAGUUACUGAUCACCAAAUCAGAUCAAGUGGAAGCUUCCCCUUUGCCAAGUACUCUUGGAGAUUCAAUGAAAGACUCUCCAGGCAAUUCAUUAGGAUUACUGUCUACUUCAGCAGUGACAUCAUCCACAACCAACACCUCUGCAUCACAUGGGCCCUCGCUGAAAGAAAAACAUAAAAUUUUGCACAGACUCCUGCAGGACAGCACUUCUCCUGUAGAUUUGGCAAAGCUGACAGCAGAGGCCACAGGUAAGGAACACAACCAGGACGUGGGCAGUUCAAUUCCUGGUGGAGAAAUACCUAAUAAACAGGAACAAAUGAGCCCGAAGAGAAAAGAAAAUGCACUACUUCGAUACUUACUGGAUAAGGACGACACUAGUAUGUAUAAUAUUAAACCUAAAAUCGAGCGGAUGGAUAGCAAGUUGGAUGCCUGCAUGAGCACUAAAACAGCAAUCAAGUCUGAGAAGGAAAUGAAUUUUGAACCAUCAGAACAGCAGAUCAGCAGUGACUUGGAUAACUUAGAAGAAAUUCUUGAUGACCUGCAGAACAGUCAGUUACAGCAGCUUUUCCCAGACAUGAAGACAGUUCCUGCCAGUGGACCAGUGGACAAGCAGACCAUCUUCCAAGACCUGCUGCAAAUAGGCAACGGAAAUGUCUCUGCAUCACCACUUGGAACGCCGAGCCCAUUAUCUGGGAUGUUACAAAAUGCUUUCAAUAACCCUCGAGCUGUGCAACCAGGCAGACAGCAACAAGGUCGAAAUGCAGGAAUGGACAUCCAUAUGCAGGGACAGACAAGUGCAGGACCAUUCCCACCAAUACGAAACAUUAGUCCAUUUGCUGUAGUGUCACAGCAAGUCAUGGGUAACCAAGGAGGUUUGGGAGCCAGUGCAGGAAUGGUCAGUAGUAUGGGAAGUGGAGCCCCACGAUCCAGUAUGGCUUCUGUAGACUGGGGUCAGUCAAGCUCUGCUGCAAACACCACAGGAUCCAUUACAAUGAGCAGGGCAACUCUGCAAGGCAGCAUGAUCGGCAGUCCUUCAUCUGGUAUUCCUAUGAGACCCAACAGUCAGCCCGGUCAGAGAUCAAUGCCCCAAACACAAAUAAUGGGGUCGCCAGAAAUUGAGGUGGGUUUGGGAGGGCCAUCAUAUGGUCAGCAACAAGCGCCUCCAAACCAAACUGCACCUUGGCCUGACAGUAUAAUGCCGAUUGAUCAGGGGCCUUUUGCUAAUCAAAAUCGGAGGCAGUCGUACAACAGUUCUCAAGAUGACCUGCUUUGCACAUCUAUACCAACGGAAGCUCCAAAUGAUGAAGGCACAAUUCUAGACCAGUUACGUUCAGCACUAAAGAAUAUUGAUGAACUAGGACUGGAAGAAAUUGACCGGGCACUCGGAAUACCUGAACUUGUUAUCCAGAGCCAAAGUGUGGAUCACCAGCCAGAGUCAUUUCCUAGCCAGAAGUCCACAAUGAUGGUUGAAAAGCCUCAGGUCUACAAUCAGGCAUAUGGUCCGCAGACCACAGUAGUACAAGGAAACUACUCUACCAUGCAGGAACCUAAUUUUCAUCCUCUGGCGAAUCAAAUGGGGCAACGACCAGGAUACCCGAUGUUACGGAUGCAGCCAAGACCUGCACUGAGGUCAUCGGGGAUGGUGCCUAACCAGCCCAAUCAGCUUCGGCUUCAGCUCCAACAAAGGCUUCAAGGACAGCAAAUGAAUCGACAGCCACUGAUGAACCCACUCACCACUGUCUCCAACAUGAAUCUACCUCUAAGGGCCAGCGUGCCACCACAAAUGAGUGGUCAGGGACCUAUAAAUGCACAGAUGCUGGCCCAGAGACAGCGUGAGCUUCUGAAUCAGCACCUGCGUCAAAGACAAUUGAUGCAACAGCAACAGCAACAGCAGCAGCAGGUGCAACAAAGAACCAUCAUGAUGCGGCAGCAGGGUUUGAACAUCCCACCAAAUAUGGCAACCUCUGGCAGCAUGGCAGCUGCCAUGAGCACUCCUCGGAUUCCUCAGGCAUCACCACAACAGUUCCCAUUCCCUCCGAACUAUGGUACUGGGCUUACUUCCCCACCGCCUUCCACCAGUCCUUUCUCCCCAGUGUCCCCAAAUCCUGGGUCACAGCUCCUCUCUCACAGCUCCUUGCAUGGCUCACAGAUGAAUCUGGCUAACCAGGGGAUGAUAGGAAAUGUGGGAGGACAGUUUGGGCCUGUAUUGAGUCCCCAGGUGCAGCACAAUGCCUUCCAGUUUCCCAGCUCAGGAAUGAAUCAGCAGUCUGAUGCAGGAUUUGCUGGGGCUACCACCCCCCAAAGCCCAUUAAUGUCCCCAAGGAUGAGCCAUACACAGAGUUCAAUGAUACAGCAGUCUCAACCUACACCCACCUACCAGUCACCUUCUGAGAUUAAUGGCUGGCCACAGGGAAGCAUGAACGGAAACAGCAUGUUUUCACAGCCAUCCCCACCACAGUUUGGACAACAGGCAAACACCAGCAUGUACAGCAACAACAUGAAUAUCAGUGUUUCUAUGGCAACCAAUGCUGCUGGUAUGAACAACAUGAAUCAGAUGUCAGGGCAGAUUAGCAUGACCUCUGUGCCAACAUCAGGAUUGUCCUCUAUGGGUGCUGAACAGAAAUAUUGCUGACCCUCUGGAUUGCUAUUCCUCCUGUCUUCAACUAGGUCCAGAAGGUCCACGUGCUUGCUGAUGUACAGUGCAAGGUCAACAUUUAGGUGGUAACAAUUAUACCAACAAACAAGCUCCACCAGAUCAAGCCAAGAAAAGUGCAGCAGCCAAUUGAACUCUCAGCCAGUCUCAGAGAAAUUCCUGUUACAAGUGUUGCUAACAGAGACAGGCUCCUUAGUAGCAACGUACUUGCCUACCGAAGUUGCUUUGUCCAUUAAUUGCAUUCACCAUAAGUGUGACUUAAGUCUGUCCUCACAACAGAUUGACAUCGGCUUUGAACCUUGUCCGAUGAAUGUAUUUCUAUCGUCGUUUUGCAGAAUGAUCAGCUCUUUGCGCUUUUUUUUGAUCUUCAGUGGUUGCUGACUUUUCUGCUAUUUAAUCCAGUGUGCAGGCUUUCAGCCAUGUUUCCCUUCAACAGUAUUUAGAAAUGAAGCCUUUCUUUAAAAGGUUCUGCUGUGAAUAUAAAUAAACUUACCAAUAAGCUGAACAAUGUAAGAAUAAAGAAUUUGGUUUGGAAGGUAUCUAAAUGGAAUAUGAAAUAGUUUUUAUGUUUUACAUGAAACCAAAUGGGGAAUAGACCUGGUGGUUUGUUAGUGUGUUAGCAAAGGUGUUUUGGUGCAUUAUCUCUUCAUGCUCUGUGUGUUCUGCAGUCAUGGCUCAAUAUCCAGGGUGCAUGAAAUGUUUUGACUGUUUUUCAUUACAUUUAAAUAUUAUAAUCAUUUGGCUCUGCAGACUGAGGCUACCUAUUAAACGUUAUCAGCUCUGUAGAGCCCCACCUCUCACACCAGAAUAACUUAUCUGACAGUAAUUGUUGCAUGUCGACAGAAAACACAAAAUUACCAAAUCAUCUUAACGAUUACAUAGCAGUAAAUAAGACCAUUUUGAUCCUUGCCAUGUUACAGAUCUAGUUAGGUUACCAAAUCUGUGGCUCAUUUUUACGACUUUUCUUCAUUCACAUUCAGGUCAAAUCUCCGUGCUAGUUCCCACGACCUACCAGCGAUGGUGACGUAUGUCCCUACCCGUGCCCAAAAUGCAGAAUAGAUUUCUCUCAGUCAUUCGGACUGUCUCAGGAAAGACCAUAGACCCAAUUCAAUCCCAUCACGAGCUGCAUAAUCCAUCUUUAAAAAAGGCAGGAAUUUGUAGUCAUAUCCUCAUUGCAAGUGUAUGUUGUUCACCCAGUCAACAUUACUAUUCUCAUGGCAACAUCUGGUAUUCUCACAACAAAAAUCCCUACAUGAAAUUGGCCUCCUUGGAACUGAAAGCCAGCUUCCUUCUCUCCUUCACCAUCUUCCCUUCUUCUGAGCUUUGCUUUUUGCCUCUCUUAGGUUGUGCUUCUUACCAUAGUGGCAACAGUAUUGGCCUUUCCAAAAUGACGGGUUGGCCUCUUGCAGACCAUUCUCCCAUGCUGGCUUUAUCUCUGUCCACCAGAGAUGAGCAAUAUGAUUCACACUCUCCCACAGACAGGCUGGGGUGCUGGGUGGAGUUCAGGAGCAUCACUGACAUUUGCUAAGGAUUUCUCCACUUCUUUUCUUUCCAAAAAGUCUGCAAUGGCAAAAUAACAAAAGCAAAGAUCAAAUGUAUUCUCUCCUUUUCUUGGUGUACCUUGCUUUCUCAUUUUGUACAAUGUGUUCUUCAGGUGAUAAGUUGUUCAUCUUCAUUGAUAGAAGCAAACACAGGUAUACAGGCAGCUAAGACAUAAUGCGGAAAUGAGAAUCUUCAGGAUAACUUUUUUUACUGGAUUUCUGAAAUAGGUGGCAUCCUGUGCCUGGCCUCACUGCUGAUUCAUAAUCAUUUAAUGUUGCAUCUCUAAUCUAGCAAAGUAUUACUAAUCUAAUAUUUUUUAUACUCUUUAAUUGUCCCUGAACAAUCAAUUGGUUUGGGACUGAACUGUACAAAGAGCAGAAGCUUCUAUUACGAGUCACGCACGUAAAACUUGAUCAAAGUUUUACAAGAAACUCAUUAAAUGGUGCAUACCAUGUUGUGUGCAGAACCAAUAUUUGCAUUACCUGGUUUAUUGCAUUUCUGGUAUCAAGUCAUGUGGUUUUUACACUUAAUACAGAAUUCUGAGCAAAUGUAUCUUGGGCUACUCAUUCUAGUGACAAUUGUGAAUAGGUUUGGAAUUUAUUAAGAGUUUGUUGAGUUUCUUUUCAAUGUGCGGGCAUGGGGUUAGUAUGGGUCUUUUCCAUACUGCAUUUGUUAUGUAGACAUUAAAAAGCUUUUAGCUUUGAAGAAUUAAGCAGAUAUAAUUGUGACAUUUACUCACACAAUAUACCAAAUACUACAAUGUCGGCGGUUCCAUCGAGGCUAAGUAUUCAAUGCAGUUUAGUUCCAACAAUGCUAUCCUAUCAUGCAUAUUAGACCAGAUUGUUAUAACUAUUAAAUUCAUGACUUUACACUCA